AUGGCCAAUAAAAAAACACAACUCUCAUCAAGAAGAAUAAAAGAUAGUUUAUUUUUUAACCAGAAAAGCCGGCUUGGCGUGUGUGGCUGGAUCCUGUUUUUCCUCUCCUUGCUGUUGAUGCUCCUUACCUUCCCCUUCUCCAUAUGGAUGUGCUUGAAGAUCAUUAAGGAGUAUGAACGAGCUGUUGUCUUCCGACUGGGACGCAUCCAAACUGAUAAAGCCAAGGGACCAGGUUUGAUCCUGGUCCUGCCCUGCAUUGACGUGUUUGUCAAGGUCGAUCUCCGAACAGUUACCUGCAACAUUCCUCCACAAGAGAUCCUCACAAGAGACUCUGUGACCACCCAAGUGGAUGGAGUCGUCUACUACAGAAUCUACAGCGCCAUCUCAGCGGUGGCCAAUGUGAACGAUGUUCACCAAGCCACAUUCCUGCUGGCUCAGACCACUCUGAGAAAUGUCUUAGGGACACAGACCUUGUCCCAGAUCUUAUCUGGGCGAGAAGAGAUCGCCCACAGCAUCCAGACGUUGCUUGAUGAUGCCACUGAGCUAUGGGGAAUCCGAGUGGCCAGGGUGGAGAUCAAAGAUGUCCGGAUUCCUGUGCAGCUGCAGAGGUCCAUGGCAGCUGAGGCUGAGGCCACCCGGGAAGCCAGAGCCAAGGUCCUUGCAGCCGAGGGAGAAAUGAAUGCCUCCAAGUCCCUGAAGUCGGCUUCCGUGGUGCUGUCGGAGUCCCCCGUCGCCCUCCAGCUGCGUUACCUCCAGACCUUGACCACUGUGGCCACUGAGAAGAAUUCCACCAUCGUGUUUCCCCUGCCUAUGAACAUACUGGAGGGCAUUGGUGGCAUCAGCUAUGACAACAAUAAGAAGGUCAUUGCGAAAGCCUGAGGUCUUCCCAGUGACCACCUACUGCUUAGAAAGGCCUUUCUGUACCGGGAGAAGUCAGCUCUUAGCAAAGAGGGAGGUCAGCACCCUGCAGCUACAGUAACUCCACAUCUAGCAGAAUUCCCAGGGGGAGGCACAGCAGCCACACAAACACACACAAAACUGAGAGCUGCACAGGGCAUUUAUUUUUGAGGCAUAACCAAUGCUCAAUAUUCUUAGUAACUAGUUAGUAGUUGUCCCUGACAAUCAGCAGGGACUUUCUCUCAGAAGGGGGAGAGACUGUGGGUGACUUUGACGAGAACUACAGAUUGAAGCUGUGUUGAAGAAGGACCUCAGGUCCUUUGUAAAGGAAAGCAGAGCCUGUAUUUUUGGUACGUAUUUGAUUUACUGCUCUUACUUGCUAUGGCUCAAGUAGGCAUAAGGAAAUCCCUCAAGACUGAAAAUUAGGAUCAGUUUGGAUGUGGAGCUGCAACCUAGGAGCAAGAGUACAGGGCAAGGGUGUCAGCUGAAGUCCUGCUCUCUGGACACUCUGCAUGUCCUGUUCAGGUGUUGGCCAUUCUCAGCCUCAUGCACAUUUAUCACGAGCAGAGGAACAGCAAGGCAGAAAAGCACAGAGCAAUUUGCUAGUCAGAACAUCUGUAAC